GGCACGGCAUUCUUAUUGCCCAAUCUCGUCGCGGUUCGGCUCGCGCUCGGAGGCUCACGCAUCUCGUUUCAGCCGCACGGUUGGUUGCUCGGGUUCCCCGACAGCGACGGCGACGGCGGUGGCGACGCGGGUGGCUUAACGCGAGGAGGCGCGACAGAAAUCUUGCGCGCGUCGUUGCGGUGGCAUUGCGCCUCGUCCUUGCGUACGUUCGUGCGUGCGUAGGUAACGGGAGCCGAUCGCCCCGCUUUUGCGCGCCUGACGCGCAUGGCAGAAAUCUGCUCCGAGGAGGCCAAGUCGGCGCCGGAAUCGGCCCCAACAGCUGCGCUCGCCAGGCGUCGCUCUAGGGUGGAAAUGGCCGAGGCCGGGGCAUUCCGCUCCACGGCGGCUGCGGACCAGGGCGGAGCGCGCGGCGGCAAGCGGCGGAGGUUGGCGUGCGCGGCUCCCGGGCGUCCGAGGCCCGGAGCGGGGUUUGCGUCGAGGUGGUGGCCGAGGUAUGGCGUCACCUCCGUCUGCGGCCUCCGGCGCGAGAUGGAGGACGCAGUGUCCAUCAGGCCAGACUUCCUGCCCGGUUCCUCCUCCUCCUCCGGCAAGCACCAUUUCUUCGGCGUCUUUGACGGCCACGGUUGCUCCCAUGUGGCCAGGAUGUGCCAGGACAGGAUGCACGAGUUGGUCGCGGACGAGUACAAGAAGGCGGGCUCCGGCAAGGGGGCCGCGGCGUGGAAGGAGGUGAUGGAAAAGGGGUUCGCGAGGAUGGAUGGUGAGGCUUCGAGCUGGGCCGCGAGCCGCAACGGUGAUGACCCCGCCUGCCGCUGUGAGUUGCAGACGCCGGCGCGGUGCGACCACGUGGGCUCAACAGCCGUGGUCGCGGUCGUCGGCCCCACCCGCGUAGUCGUCGCCAACGCCGGCGACUCUCGCGCGGUCCUCUCUCGCGGCGGCGUCCCCGUCCCCCUCUCCGUCGACCACAAACCUGACCGGCCCGAUGAGCUAGAGCGUGUCCAGGCGGCGGGCGCCCGCGUCAUCUACUGGGACGGCGCCAGGGUGCUCGGUGUCCUCGCUAUGUCUCGAGCCAUUGGGGACGGCUACCUGAAGCCGUUCGUGACGUCGGAGCCGGAGGUGACGGUGACGGAGCGCACCGACGACGACGAAUGCCUGAUCCUGGCGAGCGACGGGCUGUGGGACGUGGUGACCAACGAGAUGGCGUGCGAGGUCGUCAGGGCGUGCUUCCGGAGCAACGGCCCGCCGUCGUCGGGCGCACGGCCGAACGGCGUGCUCCCGUCCCCCGCCGCCGGUCGGGGCGGUGGCGCGGCGGUGGUGAUCAAGGGAGUGGACAAGGCCGAUUCCGACAGGGCGUGCUCCGACGCGGCCCUGCUGCUCGCGAAGCUCGCGCUCGCGCGCCGGAGCUCGGACAACGUCAGCGUCGUCGUCGUCGAUCUCCGGCUGGGAUCCUGAUUAAUUCUUGGGGCACGAUUCUAUGCCACCUCGCCUCUUCUGCUUUGCUACUAUCUCACGAUGGAUUAAUAAUCAAUAUCCUAAUUCUCUGAUCCCGUGCUAAAUCUUCAGUAUUUUGAUAGAUUAGUACUACGAAGUGUCUCGUCGGACUGGUGGAAGAACAUGGGUUCAUCGCGAUCAACAAACUGAAUAAUGUCAGGCAGAUGCAGAACAUCUGAUGCUCUCUGUGCAUGUGGAAUCUGCCCUGGGGACAUGAGCAAAACCAUGGCGAAAGAAUGAUCGGUGACUGAUGCUACCAGCUUUAGGAUGAUUGGGUGUACGUAU